AGACCGAGUCAUCAUCGUCUGUUCUGGAUACUUGGAUAAACAGCACUGAGUAAGAGAAUAACAGUCUGUGAACAUCAUGGCGACCUACGAGGACGACCACAACCUCUCCCGUCCUCGACCCAGAUCCGACCAACAUGGCACCGAGCGACCGACCCUCCUCAGCAUAAACCCCGACCUGGCAUCCUUCUUCUCUACCGAUAGAUCUUCUGCAUCUGCAUCUCCUCCUUCAGAGGACGUCUAUCGGUCUCUUGCAAAUGCUUUCCAAGAAAUGACAGGCAAUAGCGCGGUUCUCGAACAGCUAUCCUCUCAGCUCUUCGAGGACGCGCUGCAUCCCCCGCACGAGUCGAAAGGCGUCGACCAGAACUUUCUUGACUCGCUCGACCGGAUUCCGCGCAAGAAGCUGAAGAAAGAUGAUACCUGUGCUAUCUGCAAUACAGCCUACUUGGAAGACCAGUACCCGUUGGUGGUCAAACUUCCAUGCAACGACCUGCACCAUUUCGACCUCGAAUGCAUCGGCCCAUGGCUCAAACUACACGCCACCUGCCCGUUAUGUAGAAAAGACCUGCUAAAGAAAAAGGCACCGGUCGUGAUUGAAGAUGACGAGGAGCCCUGGGAUGAUACGUUUGGUUAAAUAGAUAGUAUUUGAAUAAUAUGUAUAAUAAAUUAUAGUCGAUUCGAUUGCUUUUAGUGAAU